UGGUUUGGAAGGAUUUAUUUUGAAGGUUGUUACCGGAAGUCUUCUGGUUUGCUUGUGUCUCACUUGACAUUACGCGCACUUCGAUGCCAACUUUCUCAGAGCGCACAGGCGUACUGUUCACUGCCAAACCCGGCUGAGAGGAGCUGAGAGGAGACAGUCACCUCUCAGCAAACACUUCAUUUAUUCCACUAAAAACACAGACAUUAGAAGGAUUUUGGGGGAUUUUACGCACAGACUUCUUGCGACUUGUGUUCACUUUGACGCUACAGUUGUGUGAGAGCCUCGAGCACUUUGGCUGAUCUGUGGCGGACUUGUUGUCAGCAGAAUGUGGGGGAUCCAGAGGACGCGCUAUGCGGACUGCAACGGCUCUGACGCCAGUGAAGAGACGGAGAUUGUAGUGAACAUCGGCGGGGUGAAACAGGUGUUAUACGGGGACGUGUUGAACCGCUACCCGGACACCCGGCUGGCGGAGCUGGUGGACUGCUCACUUCAGUCCCCUGAAGAAAUAUCUUCACUAUGUGACGACUACGACCCUGACACAGGGGAGUUUUAUUUUGACAGAGACCCCGAGGCGUUUAAGUGUAUCAUAGAGCUGUAUUAUUACGGAGAGAUCCACAUGAAACGAGGCAUCUGUCCCAUUUGUUUCAUGAAGGAGAUGGAGUUCUGGAAGAUCGAGUCUGAUUUCCUGGAUGACUGUUGUAAAUGCCACCUGAAGGAGGUGGAGGAUGAACUUGCAGAGAUUGCGGAGAAAGUGAGGACUAUCCUGGUGGACCGGGAAGGAGAUCCGUCCGCAGCUGGCUGGCAGCGCUUCCAGAUGUGCCUGUGGAAGCUGAUGGAGAAGCCGGAGUCCUCUCUUCCUGCGCGCGUCAUCGCUAUAGUUUCUUUCAUCUUCAUCCUCGUCUCCUCCGUGGUGAUGUGUGUGGGCACCAUCCCCGACCUGCAGGUGGAGGACUCGGAGGGGAACCUGACGGAGAACCCGACUCUGGAGGUCAUCGAGACUGUGUGCAUCGGCUGGUUCACCAUUGAGUACAUCCUGCGGCUCAUCUCCUCCCCGAAUAAAAUAAAAUUCGUGCUGGCUUUCAUGAACGUCAUCGACUUCAUGGCCAUCAUGCCCUUCUUCGUGGUGCUGAUUCUCACCUCCUUCGGCACCGGAGUGAUGGAGCUGGCUAACGUGCAGCAGGCGGUGCAGGCUUUACGCAUAAUGCGCAUUGCGCGCAUUUUCAAGCUGGCACGACAUUCCUCCGGACUCCAGACCCUCACAUCCGCCCUGAAGAGCAGCUUCAAAGAGCUGGGGCUGCUCCUCAUGUACAUGGGCGUGGGGGUCUUCCUUUUCUCCGCACUGGGCUACACUAUGGAGCAGAACCACCCGGAGACCCUGUUCACCAGCAUCCCACAGUCCUUCUGGUGGGCUGUGAUCACCAUGACCACAGUGGGCUAUGGAGACGUCUACCCCAAAACCACUUUGGGUCGGUGCAACGCCGCCAUCAGCUUCCUGUGCGGCGUGAUCGCCAUCGCGUUGCCCAUUCACCCCAUCAUCAACAACUUCGUGUUGUUCUACAACAAGCAACAGGUGCUGGAGACCGCCGCCAAGCACGAGAUCGAGCUGAUGGCGCUGCGCUCCGGGGACCAAAAGCUGGAGGCUGCACCCGGCGCGCAUAAACACGUUUGCGGCGCGGGGGUCUGGGACUCCGCCAUGCGCUCCUGUCACAGCGACACAUACAUCCCGUUACUGAAGGACCCCAGGGGGGGCGGGGCGGGGGUCCAGACCCCCAGCAUGGACACCAGCUUUGAGAGCACAGCCGAGGCCACGGAGUAUUUCAUCUCACACUAACUAACUAACAAAAACAUGAACAUUAACUUGGUUGAUGACACACCAUGAUCUCACAGAAAUCCGU